AGCAACUGCAGGGAGGAUAUAAUCGGUGAACGCUCGAGAAAACUAAUUUUUGCUAUCUGACCGUUGAAGUGAAAGGGUGUACUUCAGCCCUUGCUCUGAACGGAAUUAUCAGUUUAAUGUAUAUUGCGUAUCUUCGGUUUCCGCGGUAAACAGCGACACAGCGCCACGUUAAAGUUUACCUUUUGCGCCAGGUGUCAUGGCUGCCCUUGCCCUCUGUGUAGACGUAAAUCUGUUCGCGGGAGUGAUGUUAUUUCCCCUAUUUUAAAUCGUAGACAAAGCGAAAGGUGGGACUACUUCGAAGGAAGGAUUAACGAGUCUGUUUACAAUUUUCUGUACGCGUGCUGCUGGAAUUUCUACGAUAACGUGGACAGUGAAGUGCGUGGCUUUCAAACUAACCUCUCGUUUGCAUGCGCGUCGUCUUUUCGUAAAGCGCAUCCGCGGAGAGGGCUUUGCAAGCGAGGAAGCGACUGCGCACAGAGAAUUUCAUUAAAUUCAGUGCUCUCGAGGACACUCGAUUCGUUCAAGAUCACACUGCAAUGGGUGAAGCCGGAGACAGUCACUGGAAACUUGUGAGGAAGUGCCGAAGCCAUCGGUAGACAUGUAGCCAGGUUAUGCCCGGAGGUCGAUUUAAGAGAAUUGACGUUGCAUCAUUUAUUUUGGACGACCGUUCAACCCUGAUUACGAGUUCUUUUAUUCCAUGACUUCUUCACCAAUUAAUACGUUGAAAGAAAAUGACAGUAUUAGAAGCAGAAGAUACGGAUGAACGAUCUGUACCACCAAGGAAAAAGUUCUGCCUCUCCUUGACGGGACGAGGACACCUUCCUUCCAAAAUUGUCUCUCAGCCCCCUCAAUUGUCUACUGGAGGGGGCACUUUGGGAGGUCAAACUACAUCCAGUGGUGACAAAAAAAUGGUAAACGGCUAUCGAAAUCAGUUAGGAGUCCAUCAGGAUUCCAAUUGUGAUAUCGCAGGGAGUGGUUCCGAAGGUCUAAGGAUAGCGACUUUAUGCAAUCUUGGAAAUACUUGUUUCUUAAAUAGUGUACUAUAUACCUUGCGCUUUGCACCAUCCUUUUUGCAUAACCUACAUCACCUCGCAACGGAUUUAUCUAAUUUAACUGACAAACACCUCCAAAUAAAGAUGAAGUCGUCUUCGCUGGGUAGAUCUGGUGUAUCGCUAAUGGCCAGUGGUAGUCGCAGCUGGAGCAGCAAGGAUUUAUUGGCUUUGGCAGGGCCGGCAGGAGAAUCCAACAAACCUCGGAUACAAGUAGCCACUGAAAAAUUACACGAAUUGUUUAUGGCUUUAAGAGUGGCUGAAGUGAGGGAAAGCAGCGAACCUUAUCAACCCGAUGCAUUUUUACAAGCCCUUAGAGAGGUGAAUCCCAUAUUCGAGGGAAAUCAACAACAAGAUGCACACGAGUUAUUGGUCUGCCUGCUGGAUAAUAUACGAGAAACAUUUCAGUUACUGGUUAGGCACAGGGAAUAUCAAUUUGGCCAGAGUAACGGAGGGGCCUCAGAUUUUAACACCGUAGCCCGUUCGACAGACGUGCAGUCUGACAGUGGUGCCAGUAAACGGGGCAUUCGCAAGUCUUGGAAGAAGAAAAAGGUUUCGGUCAGAGGAAGUACAAGCUUGCUCUCUCAACCGAACGUAAACGGUGUCACGGUACCUCCCAGACCCCUCGAAAAUGGUCACGCAGAGUCUGUCGAAAGCAACGGUGACGUCCUCGGUGCCUCUCACAGAUUGGAGAGUAAAAAGUGUUUCAUCUCCGAGGACUUCGAGGGCAUUAGUUUACUACGCACCACCUGUCUCGAGUGCGAGCACGUAACCGAGCGAAAGGAAACCUUUUGUGACAUCUGCGUGCCAAUCGAUACUGACAGAUCAAACGAAAAGGAUGAAGAUGGUAGGCUGGUAGACAGCAGCGAAGUGUACAGGAGAGCAGUGGUGACCAGCGAGCUCCUCUGGGGCAGGGACAAAUAUUGGUGUGCUCGCUGCCUACGGUACAACGAAGCUCGUAGAGCUGUCUGCUUCCCAUCCCUGCCAAGACUGUUGAUCCUGCAGCUCAAGAGAUUCUCCACAGCAGCUGGCUCGAUGGAAAAAAUCAACAACCACAUGCCGACCCCCCUGACUCUCCAGUGUUUCUGCGAGGAAUGCGGUAACGACCAUCAACGAGGCACGACCCAGAGAGCAGUCGACUCUCGACACGUCUACAAACUGUACUCGGUGAUCAUGCACCAGGGAGCGACCAUGACGGCCGGUCACUACGUCGCCUACACGAAACUCCCGGACGACUCUGCGACCUCGGAGUACUUGCGCUGCGACCGGGACGGCAAAAGACAUAUCUGCAGCCAGAGCAGCAAUCUACCGAACAACACCUCGGACAAGUCCUCGGGGUUCUUCAGGUACUUCAAGUCAAAGCCCAACGUGACGGAAAGUAAGGAGCAACCGGUCAGGGUGGGCUGCAGGAGCUUGGAGUGCUGCGGAGUGCGUCGCAGCAAGCACUCCUGCGUGUGGUUGGAAUGCGACGACGAAGCAGUCAGGCUGAUUCCCCAGCGAGAGCUGCAGGACAAGCUCGCCCCGAACCCCAGGAACUCGGCGACGCCCUAUCUCCUGUUUUACGUGAGAUCCACCGCGUAGAUGGUCCCUCCUAGCGCAGGGGAAAAAUGCUAAUCCAGUGGAACCACCCUUUUUUUUCUCUCCGCAUCGCAUUGGAGUCACAAAUGCCCCGCAAGAGCGUUCUUCCGCGUUGUCAGUGUCACGCCUAUUAUCAGCUCCAGGUACGAGAGUAUUAUUUAUUCGGCCGGAUCCGCUCAUCUGUAAAUUAGCCGAGGUGUAAAAUGUACAUUUAUGGAACGGAAACGCUUGGACGGUAAUUAUCGGUACUCCAGAUUUACGGUGGAUGUAUUCAUUCUGUACGCGUGUACUUGUCGGAGGAGGGUCCGUAAUACCGAAAUGAAAUGUAAAUAAAAGCAGGCAGAUUUUCAUCCA